AAUCCCCUUUGCAAUCAAUUUUAAGUAUUUUCAUUCACUCACCUUCCCUUCCACUGUACUCCAACUCUCCCUUCAACUGAUUCUAACACUCACCAUUUCUGACAUUGCCACUUCAACCUCUAUAUCUAAUCUGACCAAACCCUAAUUUUAAAGAUAUAUAUGAUCCCCUCAAAACAAUUCAAUUCAAUCUCAUAUCCAUCUCUCCAUUCCAAAUCUUGAACAACCCAUAUCUCCAAUUUUAAAAUGAUGGUCGAAAACCUAACAUCCCCGACGCCCCUCCAUCAUACCCGACCCGAAUUCCGCAAACGGGUCACAACAUUUUUCACAUCUCACAGAACACUCUUCACUGUCCUGUGGAUCAUAGCAUUCUCCUCUGUGUUUGUAUGGCAGAAUAAUUUUGUUGAUCAGUUUUCGAUUUUUCGGAAACUGGAUAGAAUGAGAGAGAUGCCUAAAUUGAGGCCAGUGGUGUUUAAUUUGACGGAUUUUGGUGGGGUUGGUGAUGGGGUUAGUUUGAAUACAGAGGCAUUUGAGAGGGCUGUGUUUGCGAUUUCGAAACUUGGGAAGAAGGGUGGUGGGCAGCUUAAUGUGCCAGCUGGGAAAUGGUUAACGGCGCCGUUUAAUCUUACUAGUCAUAUGACUUUGUUUCUUGCUGAGGGUGCUGUUAUUCUUGGCAUUGAUGAUGAGAAGUACUGGCCUCUAAUGCCUCCACUGCCCUCAUAUGGAUGCGGACGCGAACAUCCUGGUCCCCGAUAUGGAAGUCUGAUACAUGGUCAAAAUCUCAGAGAUAUUGUGAUUACAGGGCAUAAUGGUACCAUUAAUGGACAGGGUCAAGCAUGGUGGAAGAAAUAUAGACGAAAACUUUUAAACUACACUAGAGGCCCGCUUGUGCAAAUCAUGUGGUCAAGUGACAUUCUGAUAUCUAACAUAACUUUGCGUGAUUCUCCCUUUUGGACACUCCAUCCAUAUGACUGCAAGAAUAUUACAAUUAGGGAUAUGACUAUUUUGGCUCCCAUAUCUGAAGCACCAAACACGGAUGGUAUAGAUCCUGAUUCAUGUGAAGAUAUGUUGAUCGAGGACUCUUACAUAAGUGUAGGGGAUGAUGCCAUUGCAAUAAAGAGUGGUUGGGAUCAAUAUGGGAUCUCAUAUGGACGUCCUUCGAAGAACAUUCAUAUUCGAAACCUUGUUGUUCGCUCUAUGGUCAGUGCUGGCAUAUCAAUAGGCAGUGAGAUGUCUGGUGGAGUGUCAAACGUCACAGUGGAGAAUGUCCUUAUUUGGGAUUCAAGACGCGCUGUUCGGAUCAAGACAGCUGCUGGAAGAGGAGGAUAUGUCAAAGAUAUUACAUAUCGAAAUCUAACAUUUGAGAAUGUCCGAGUUGGAAUAGUCAUCAAGACAGAUUACAAUGAACACCCGAACGGAGAUUUUGACCCCAAGGCUGUCCCAGUGCUUCAAGAUAUAAGUUACACUUGUAUCCACGGUGAGGGAGUCCGCGUUCCUGUUCGGAUACAUGGAAGCAGCGACAUUCCUGUUAGAAACGUCACUUUCCGGGAUAUGUCAGUAGGAAUCACAUACAAGAAGAAGCAUAUAUUCCAGUGUGCUUAUGUCGAAGGUCGAGUUAUAGGAUCCGUUUACCCUGCUCCUUGCGAAAACCUUGAUUUAUACGAUGAGCAUGAACAGCUUGUCACAAAGUCCGCAUUCCAAAAUGCGUCGGAUAUAGAUUAUGAUUUCUGAGAGUUGUCGACAUAUAUUUUAGUUAUUCAAUGCUCCUGUUGUUUGAAAGAAAAGAUUGUCAGCAAUGCUCAUGUUGUUUGUAUUGUUUAGUUAGUCAAAUUUUCUUCAUUUACUCUGUAAUUCAUCUCACAGAUUGUAUAUAGACAUCCACUCUGAUUACAACACAUUAUUGAUGGCAAAACAAUUUUCAGGU